AUGCGUCCCAACUUGCUCAAACGGGCACACAGCCAUAACAAACAGACGCUGAAUAAUCUGUUGCAUUCGCGGGGCACUUCACCGCAUCCUCAGCCCGAAACAAUCUCCGGCCACAAGCAGAUCGAGGAAGAAACCCUUCCCAAGUACAAUCCAGACCACUGGUACCCAGUGCGACUGGGCGAAGUGUUGCAUCAUCGCUAUGAAAUCGUCGUCAAACUUGGCUUUGGCAUGACAGCCACUGUCUGGCUCGCCAGGGAUCUCCAGGCUGAUGGCAAUGCCGGCAAUCGUAAAUAUGUCACUGUCAAAAUAAAUGUCAACACCCUGGGUGAAGAGUUUCAAAAGGGCCGACGAGAGAUUGCCCAGAAGCUCUUCUCGGCAAACCCCAAACACCCGGGCUAUAGCCAUGUCCGAUUCAUGCUCGACACCUUCAAGGUCAAGGGAAAACACGGCGACCAUCUGUGCAUUGUGUACGACGUUCUCCGCGAACCCAUCGAUUUGUGUAUGGAGAAAUUCCCCGGUCGGCGAUUUAGUUGCCCAAAACUCCGCAUUUUGCUACCGGCUCUGUUACAAGGUCUGGACUACAUGCAUUCCGAAUGUCAUGUUGUGCACACCGAUCUAAAGGCCGACAACAUCAUGAUGGGGCUCGGCGAUCCCAACAUCCUCGAUCACUUUGUGCAGAACCAAAUCGAUCAUCCGGCGCCCCGGAAAGCGCCUGAUGGCCAUGGACGGGUCAUAUAUACAUCUUGCAGUGACUUUGGAGAGCCGCCCAAUGAAGCCGUCAUUGCCUCCGCCAAAAUCACCGACAUAGGUCUGGCAGCAUGGGGAGACGAGAAGAACACGAAGCCCAUCCAGUCCAACGCUUUCAUGGCGCCCGAAGUCAUCUUGCAAGCGGGCUGGUCCUAUCCUGCCGACAUCUGGAACCUGGGAGUCAUGUUGUGGGAUCUGUUCGAACAUUUCGGACUAUUCGAUCGGAUCGAUACGAAACCCGGCCAUUACCAUCCCGAGCAGCACUUGGGUCUAAUGAUUGCUUUGAUGGGCCCGCCACCCAAGGAUUUUCUGAAGCGUUGUGCCAAGGCAUCGAUCUAUUUCGACUCCGAUGGCCAAUUUAAACAUCCAGAAUAUAUCGAGGACCACACGUUCGAAUCGUCCAUUGUAAGGUUAAAAGGGGAAGAGAAAGAAAUGUUCAUUGAUUUCGCCAAGAAAAUGAUCGCGUGGGUGCCUGAAGAACGGUGGACCGCGAAGCAAUUACUCGAGCAUCCUUUCCUGACUAAAGAGAAAGAAUUUUUUUCAGCCACGCCGAGCCUUAGCAGAGCUUCAACGGCUUCCAUCAGCUCAAUGAUUCCAUCGCGAGCAGUUACACCAGGCAUUCCACCAUCGAGUUCACCUAAUUCGGGUCCGAAUUCCUCGCCGAAAUCAGUGCCGAACACAACACUCUUGCCUCCCAGACUUCUAGAGCUGGUGCCGUCUGUCUCAUCGACAGAAUGCGAAUCAUCGACAAACUGCGAAGAGACAAAGACCGAGAAGUUGGCGACAAAUAACGAGAAAUCCACGUCGAGAACCUCGCUAUCUUUAAGGCCCAAAAUGGAGAGUCUGGUGGAGUCGAACAAUGAGCCAGAUGUCGAGGUCCCCAAUUCUAAACGUCUCUCGGUGAAUAAAGCGAACAAGUGCUCGCAGGAUAUCAUCGAUGCUAUCCUCAGCAAGGGCAAAAAUCACAAUCACCGAGUAUCGCCAGAAGCGAAAUAA